GCUAUCGUCAAAGCUAUCGUUUUCAUCACGACCUUCAUCUUCUCCAUAACUGGCAAUCUCAUUAUCGGAUAUGUAGUUAUUCGUACACGUCGAUUAUGGACAUUUACCAACAUUAUGAUGUUAAAUUAUAGCUUUGUUACUAUCCUAUUUCUUAUAUCUGGAUUAUUCCAGUUUAUCUCCGAUUUUUUAUUUCAUGGGACAUGGCCAUUUGGAUCCUUUCUGUGUCAAAUUUUAUAUUCAUCAUUUAUCUUUACCACCAUCGUCUCAGCAUUAACUAUCACAUUAAUGUGUUAUGCACGUUAUCGUGCAAUCUGUAAAUCUUUAUAUGUACAACCGAAUAAAAAACAAGCAAUCUAUUGCAUUGGAGUAAUAUGGCUGAUGGCAAUUGGUUAUAUGAUUCCUUAUGGAAUGUCCUUAAAAACGAAAACCUUUGGCAAAUCAUCCUAUUGCAUAGUAAUAAAUAGCUCGCUGCAAAGUUAUCCUAAUCGAUUAAUUUAUGAUGCUUGCCUCUUUGCUCUUACGUUCGUGGCGCCUGUACUUACUGUUGCCUUUUUCAAUAUUCAAGUUAUUCGUGAUUUAGCAAUGAGCCCUGGUCGACAAUUGCCUGAAAAAGUAUUCAGCGCAUCUGAUGAUUUACAGUUUCUUCAACAUGAUCAAAGUAUUGAUUCAAUUAAAGAGAAAUUACGUAAAAUGUCAGUCAUCAUAUUUGUAGUUUAUCUGUUAGCAUGGCUACCCUUCUGGAUUUAUAUUUUUCUAGUGGAUACUAACGUAAUGUUGGAUCUCAUAGCUAUCUAUAGCAAAUACGAUUGUGAUUUUCGCCAAAAAAUAUUAAUAAUUCGAACAUUUACUAAAUAUUUAACCUACUUUUAUAGUAUCUCCAAUGUUAUUAUUUGCUAUUAUUGUAAUCCUCACUUUAAUUCAGCCUUUAAAUCUAUUUUUUGUUGU